AUGGAAAGUACCUCCCUGCAGCACUCGUCUCUUAUUCGUUUUCGUCGUUCGACUGAAACAAGAAAAUUCAUCAUCAUGUCUGGAAGAGGCAAAGGCGGUAAAGGACUCGGAAAAGGAGGCGCUAAGCGUCACCGUAAAGUGCUUCGCGAUAACAUCCAGGGAAUCACCAAACCCGCCAUUCGUCGUCUAGCUCGCCGCGGCGGAGUCAAGCGCAUCUCCGGGCUGAUCUACGAGGAGACCCGCGGUGUGCUGAAGGUGUUCCUGGAGAACGUGAUCCGCGACGCCGUCACCUACACCGAGCACGCCAAGAGAAAGACCGUCACCGCCAUGGACGUUGUGUACGCGCUCAAACGACAGGGACGCACCUUGUACGGCUUCGGAGGAUAAAAGACGAAAACCACAAACCCAACGGCUCUUUUAAGAGCCACCCACACUCUCGGCUAAAGAGAUGAAGUUCAAGUAAUGUUUUAGUUUGUCUAAAAUAAUAAUAAUAAUAAUUUGAAAAAAAAAGCAUUAAUGAACAUGACAGUUCUGUAACUAACCCCCUUAUUUUGGUGUUCUCGUUAAAAGUGCAAAGUAAAAAAUACGGUUUUGAGUUAACUAGUUAAUAAAAUGUAGAGCAAGUUUUAUGGCGGUAUUCUGAGAUGAUGGGCAUUUAGAUUAUUUUAAACGCAAACUCUUACUCCUAAAAUCAGAGCUCGUAUAAUUAUGUUAUUGAAAACGUUUCCGUUUGUUUGGCUUUUUUUUUUUUUUUUUUUUUUUGAAUAGUUGCUUCCGAGUCGAAAGAAAACAUUUAAGUGCAAAGGUAGUCAAACCCAAAAGUGAAAUUGGCGGAACAGAGGAACAUAAAGUGUCCUAUCUUAAAUGUUUAAUUUUCUC